AUGAAGAUACCACAGGGAUUUUCUAAAGAAGGCGAAACUAGAGUUUGCAGGUUGAGAAAAUCUCUUUACGGCUUAAAGCAAGCUUCACGGAAUUGGUAUCAAAAAUUCACAUCCUCCUUACUCGACUUAGGCUUUCACCAAUGCAAAGCAGAUUACUCAUUAUUUAUCCGCAAGCAAGGCAGCAACAUUGUGGCGAUUUUAAUAUAUGUGGAUGACGUAAUUAUGGUUGGAAACAACAAUGAGAUCGUUCAAGAAACAAAGAAUGAAUUGAAUCGCCUGUUCAGCAUCAAGGACCUUGGGGGCCUCAAAUAUUUCCUUGGCAUUAAAGUAGCUCGCACUUCGAAGGGGCUUGUUUUGAGUCAAAGGAAAUACACUCUCGACAUUCUCGAAGAUUGUGGCCUCCAAGGAUGUCGACCGAGCUCAUUUCCUAUGGAACCGAGCUUGAAACUAGACAAAGAAGCUACGAGACCGAAGGUGGAUGGUGGUAGAUACCGUAGGCUCGUGGGUCGAUUACUUUACCUACAGGCAACCAGACCCGACAUCACAUACGCUGUUAAUGUCCUUAGUCAAUUCGUCUCAGAUCCUAGACAAUCUCAUCUUGAUGUGGUUCAUCGUGUCCUCCGUUAUCUCAAGGCUACUCUAGGUCAAGGAAUUCUUUUGUCACGGGAGAAUAAUUACAAACUUGUUGGGUAUUGUGAUGCGGACUGGCUUGGCUGCCCCUUCUCAAGGCGUUCACGAACCGGUUAUUUGCUUUUGUUAGGAGGUGCUCCCAUCUCCUGGAAAACUAAGAAACAAUCAGUUGUUUCCCGUUCCUCUGCUGAGGCUGAGUACCGGUCAAUGGCUUCUACUACUAGUGAAAUUUUAUGGAUGCGCUGGCUCCUACAGGAACUCGAUGUUCCUUCGGAUGGUCCCACGCCUCUUUUUUGUGAUAAUCAAGCAGCUCUCCAUAUUGCCAACAAUCCUGUUUUUCAUGAACGCACUAAGCACGUGGAGAUGGAUUGCUACUUUGUUCGCGAACGGGUAGAAACUAAAGAGAUACAACCCCUCAACAUCAACUCAAGUAUGCAAAUCGCUGAUCUGUUCACAAAAAGUCUAGGGGCUCCUCAACUCAUAUUGCUUCUUGGCAAGUUGGGCGUUAUUGAUCUACACGCUCCAACUUGA